AUGACGUUGGAGGCACCAAAUGCCUUUGGGGACCCCCACUUCACCACGCUGGAUGGUAAGGGCUUCACCUUCAAUGGUUACGGAGAGUAUGUCCUGCUGAUGUCCACUGGCGACGCUUCACAUGAGUUCAUGCUACAGGCUCGCACAGCUGUGGCCGUGUCUGAGGGAGCACAGGUAUCAGCUACAGUCUUCAGAAUAACCGGAUUCUGUUUGCCUUUUAAUCCUUACAGUGCAGUAGCUGUAAAACAGCCAACUAAUGACGUCCAAGUCUACCUGUCUGGAGACGACACAGUGCGAGUUAUAGUAGACAGUACGGCUGUUCCCCUGGCAUCCAUCGCAGACAGCUCUUACAACCAGGGGGUGUUCCCAGAUGGGAGGCUUCUCGCUGUCUAUGAUGACACAGACCCAACCAGAGUAACAGGAGUGCUGGUGACCUACACCUCUGGUAUAUCUGUCCGUGUUACAGCGGUCAACGGCCUCUUGACAUUUGUGGUAGGGAUGAUUGCGGAGAUGGAAGGAAAACUCACAGGUCUGCUGGGUAACUCCAAUGGUGACACUAACGAUGACUUCAUCCAGCCAGACGGAAGUGUCAUCACCUCAGCCACACCUAGCAACCCCUCAGAGAGAGAGCUGUUCACAUAUGGCAAGACAUGGUCCUUGAAGAAUGUGGCCCAACAUCUUAACCAAGACAUCAACAGCUUCUCCCUCUUCACCUCCUACCCUUCCGACUCCAACAACAACUCUCCAGACAGCUACGGGGAUGAGAACUUUGUCCCCAUGUUCUUUGAUGCCGGGCAGAUCUUCACUGAUGAGACCCUGAGACAGGAAGCAGAGGACACGUGUGGUGCAGGCAGUACCGAGUGUCUGUAUGACAUCGCAGUUACGGGGAGACUGGCAGUGGGAAAUGACACGUUACAGUCAGACAACACAUUCCUAGUGUCCAAGGAAGUUCUCAACAACCUCCCCCCUGUACUGGUGGUCCCCAGCGAGCUCCGUGUAGAAGCUCACAUGACCUACACGCUGGACAUAAGUGCCACCGACGAAGGGUCAGAGGUCACACUGAGCCUGGAAGAAGGCAGUGAGGGAAGCCUUGUGAGAACUGGGCCCAAAACUGCCAGGUUCACGUGGACCCCAGAACACAUACAUGAAGUCUUCAUCGAGUUUGUAGCAGAGGACGAACAGGGUGCCCGUACAGAGUUCAUCCCGGAGGUGACAGUGUGCGACUGCCACAACGGUGGCACCUGUGACUACAACAACACCAUAGAGAGAGUGAACGGGUUUGCUGCGGCGGUGUGCCAGUGUCUGCCUGGCUUUGGAGGGGAACACUGUGAGAUAGACAUCGACGCCUGCGAGGGAAAUCCAUGUUUCCCUGGAGUGCAGUGUUAUGAUGCUGCUGCCCCACUGCAGCCCGGACAGAGAGCCUACACCUGUGAGCAGUGCCCAGAUGGCAUGGUGGGAAACGGAGAGACAUGUGAAGAUAUCAAUGAGUGUUUGCUAGCCUCCAGCGAUCCAGGCAUCCAUUCCUGUGUGAACGCCGACUGUGUGAACACACCUGGUAGCUUCAGCUGUGUCUGUCACCCAGGCUACCAGAGGGAUGGCGAUGGCCACCACUGUGUUGAUAUCAAUGAAUGUCGGAACAAGGACCACAACCGCUGUGACCCGCACCAUGGGGUCUGUGUGAAUGAAGAUGGAGGCUACAGGUGCAUGUGUCAGCCUGGACAUACAACCAAUGACAAUGGGACCACCUGCACAGAGCUGGAUGAAUGUGCAGCUGGGAACUCAUGUGAACAAAUCUGCACAGAUCGGGUCGGAUUCUACGAGUGUGGCUGCAACAACCUCUUUACUCUUAACGCAGAUGGCAGGACUUGCCGACCCCUGGUGAACUGUUCCAGCCCCAGCCCCUGCCACCCCUCCCCUGUGGGGACCUGUGCAGGUAACAUCACCAACGGUACGAGGCAGGAGGUCUGUGGGUGUGUCACGGGGUACGCCCUGCAACCAGACAACUCAUGCCAAGACAUUGAUGAAUGUGCGAUGGGUAUUGACCAGUGUGAUGAGCAUGGUGACUGUGUGAACACUGUGGGUGACUACAACUGCAGCUGUCACGCUGGGUAUCAGCUGACUAACAACCAUGGAAAAAGGCAUUGCGAUGGCUACAGCUAA